UCUUCUUCUCUGUUUCUGUACGCGCACCGAUUCUUCCUCAUCUCCACGUUCAUCUUCUACCCUUUCCUCAGCCCUAAUUUUUCAACUAUGGAAUCCAUCGGAGUUCUGAUGACUUGCCCGAUGAACGCUUACCUUGAGAAGGAGCUCGAAAAGCGAUUCAAUCUUUAUAAGUUCUGGCAGUUUCCUCAGAGGACGCAAUUCCUCACGGAGAACUGCAAUUCGAUUCGUGCAGUAGUUGGAAAUGCGAAGGCUGGUGCUGAUGCCACUUUGAUUGAUGCCUUGCCGAAAUUGGAGAUCGUCUCCAGCUUCAGUGUGGGAUUGGAUAAGAUUGAUCUCAAAAGGUGCAAGGAGAAGGGGAUUCGGGUCACCAAUACUCCCGAUGUUUUAACUGAAGACGUUGCGGAUUUGGCGAUUGGGUUGAUUAUAGCGGUGUUGAGGAGGUUGUGUGAGUGCGAUAGGUAUGUCAGGAGCGGGAAGUGGAAGAUUGGUGACUACAAAUUAACUACCAAGUUCUCUGGAAAAUCAGUUGGCAUUCUUGGUUUGGGAAGAAUUGGCUUAGCAAUUGCCAAGAGAGCUGAAGCAUUCAACUGUCCGAUAUCUUACUACUCAAGAACAGAAAAGGAAGGUUCCAAGUACAAGUACUACUCAAACCUUCUCGAGUUGGCCUCCAACUCUGAUAUUCUGGUCGUUGCUUGUGCACUAACAAAAGAGACCCACCACAUCAUUAACCGGGAAGUUAUCGAUGCAUUGGGUCCGAAAGGCGUUCUCAUCAAUAUUGGGAGGGGUUCUCACGUCGAUGAACCCGAAUUAGUAGCUGCCCUGGUCGAAGGCCGAUUAGGCGGUGCAGGACUUGAUGUGUUUGAGAAUGAACCUGAAGUGCCUCAAGAGCUCUUUACACUUGAAAAUGUCGUCCUGGUGCCUCAUAUAGGAAGUGGAACUGUUGAAACUCGUACAGAAAUGGCUAACCUUGUGCUUGGAAACCUGGAAGCUCACUUCUCCAAUAAACCUCUGUUAACUCCGGUGGUGUAGUUUUGUGAUCUAGCCUAUGUUGUAGCCUGGAGACUUCUAUGGCAGCUGCAACCAGUAACCACGAGACCAUUGCUUCCAUAAAUUGGCAAAUGCCUUGGGUUUGCCACGGGUCAACGAACUGAUUCGAUGAGUACUACCUGCCGAUGUUCAUAAUUUGAAUCUUCUAUGACUAUUGCUUUCGUACAUUAUUGGUAUCAUAAGGCCACAAUUUAACUCUUCUUAUCAGUCUGAGGAAAUAUUUGAGACAUCUCUUGCUUCCCAGAAAGAUCGUUGUUAAGCAUUCUUUGAUGGAAGGAAACUAUUUCCAUUUCU